CCCGACAGGCUCCGCGUGCUUUACGCGCCAGCUUUGGCCUUAGCCAGCGAGUGGCAGAGUCGCGGCAGAGGAUGGAGAGCAGCGAUGAAGCGGCCGUGGAGAAAUGCCGAAUCCACUUGCGCCCCGGCACGCUGCGCGACGCACCUCCCGCCACGUUGCACCUUCUGCCCUGCGAGGUUCUGGUUAGCCGGCCUGCCCCCGUGGGGCGCUUCUUCACCCCAGCCAUCCGCCAGGGUCCCGACGGACUGGAAGUGUCGUUUCGGGGCCGCAAACUACGCGGCGAGGAGGUGGUGGUGCCGCCCGGGCUCGCGGGCUACGUGAUGGAAGAAAAGGGAGAGGGGUUGGUGGGGAAGGGCUUCUCGGAGGGUUCGUCGAAUGACAACGAGCAAGAGCAGCAGGAGCUGGUGGAACCCCCAGAGGCGCUGGAGCGGGACUUUGACCGGUUCAUUGGAGCCACCGCUAGUUUCAGUGGCUUCACGCUGUGGGGCCUGGAGACCAUCCCCGGUCCGGAUGCCAAAGUGCGCGGGGCCCUAACCUGGCCCAGUCUCGCUGCCGCGGUGAGUAGAUGGAUGUGCCCUCUUCCAGGCCCCGUCCGUUCCUCUCUGACUUCAAGCUUAUUGCCUAGGUUAUCCAGAAUCUUGCCCCGGCAGUGGAUUUGGGGCUGCGGGGCGGGGGAGCACAAUGGGGCAGGUGGAGCCUGGGUCUGAAUGGAGGACUGGGCUGAUCAGGGGCAGCGUGGCUUCCCCACCUAACCUCUGACCUGUCUAGAAGGGGCUGUCAUUCUGAGUAGCUGGGUCCCUCCCAGAGUAGGUGGGCCGCCCAGUCACGACAUGUCAAAAAUCCAGUGGUAGAGGUGACUCCU